CUUGGUUUAGAAAUGGAAUGAGAAUCCGAUAUGAAAGAAAGUGACUGGAUCCUGAAGAAGCUGUGCAGAAAGGCUGCUGACAUGUCUCUAGACUUGAACAGCUGUGGAUUAACAGCAGCAGACGAGAAGGAAACAGACUUGGAAGAACUGGACGUUUCCUGGAAUGAUUUUGUCAGCGGAACCCUCCACUUGUUCAUUGAGCAGAUGCAGCAGGUCCACAAGCUGAAAGUCCUGAGGUUGAGUAGCUGCGGACUUACCAGUGAGGAUGUUCAAACACUGGGAGAUGCUCUCGAAAUGAUACCUGAACUUGAAGAACUGAGUUUAUCCUGGAACAGCAAAGUGGGAGGAAAGUUGCCUCAGGUCCUCCGCACAUUCCAGAAAGGGAGUAAAAUUCAAACACUGGAACUUGUGGACUGCGCCCUCACAUCCCAGGAUGGGGAGUUUGUGGGUCACUUGCUACCUAAACUGCAUAGCCUCGAAGUAUUUGACCUUUCCAUUAAUAGAAACAUUGGCAGCAGUCUAGACAUCAUAGCACAAGGAUUAAAAAGUACCGUAGGCCUGAAGGUAUUGAAGUUGCAUUCCUGUGGAUUAUCCCCAAAGAGUGUCAGACUAUUGGAUGGUGCCUUUGCAUCCUUGGAUGUGCUGAGGACACUGGAUCUCUCCUGCAACAAGGACCUGGGUGGAGGCUUUGAAGAUGCACCUGCUCAGCUGGCCUUACUGAAGCAUCUGGAAGUCCUGGAUCUUCACCAGUGCUCGCUAACAGCAGAUGACGUGGCGUCACUGACUCAGAUAAUCCCUUUACUUUCAAACCUUCAAGAACUGGAUUUGUCAUCCAACAGAAAGGUGGGAGUCUCUUCUGAAACCCUGCUCAGCAGGCUCCGAUUUGUACCAGCACUGAAGUCCUUAUUUAUCAACAGAUGUGCUUUGGAAAGUGAAACUUUCACAGCCCUUGCUGAAGCCACUGUUUACCUCCCUUCUCUGAAAAUGCUCAACCUUUCCUGGAAUAAGUGUGUUGGUGGUAACCUGGAGCUGCUUCUUCAAACACUGAAGCUGUCACGGUCACUCCGAGUGCUGAGGCUGAGCAGCUGCGCCCUGGUGACAGAGGAUGUGGUUCUUCUGGCCUCAGUCAUAUGGACAGGCCAUUUAGCCGAGCUGCAGAAGCUUGACCUGAGCUACAACGACAGCAUCUGUGACACGGGAUGGGCCAUCUUCUGCCAAAACCUCUGCUUCCUUAAAAAGCUAACUGAACUAGACAUCAGCCUUCCGCCAUCGAGUUCCCGGGGUUGUGGGCGAUGGUUUAGGCACUUACUAUGUGCUGUGACCAAACUUCCUGUGGUCACUGAGAUAGGAAUGAGAAGAUGGGUCAUCCCAGCCUCAAAGGAGGAAGAACUAGAAUGCCUUACCCACAAGCACAGAAGGGGCAUUCAAUUUGACCACGGUGGGUUUCAGCGGGCUGCUUCCUAA